AUGGAGGCGCUGAGGAAGCAGGCGAGCAAGUUCAAGGAGCAGGUCGCCAAGCAGCAGCAGGCUGUUAUAAAGCAGUUCAGUACUACUGGUUAUGAGCGGUCAGAUUCCGUUGUAAUUGAUGAGGUUGAACUACAGAGACAUCAACAGCUUGAGAAAUUGUAUACUUCUACUCGUUCUGGAAGGGAUUUCCAGAAGGACAUAGUUAGAGCAGCUGAAGGUUUGGUGUCUAUUGGAAACAAACAUAUUGAAGUGGGAACAAAAUUUUCUGAGGACUGCUAUAGAUAUGGAGGUGAAAAUAAUGCAAGUGACGAAGCCCUUGGAAAAGCAGCAUCACUGUAUGGAGGUGCUUUGAGAAAUAUUGAGAAAGAGUAUGAGGAUUUCAACAGAAUUUUAUCUUCUCAGACUAUAGACCCAUUGAGGUCAAUGGCUAUGGGUGCACCCCUGGAAGAUGCUCGUGGUCUUGCACAGCGCUAUAGCCGGAUGAGACAUGAAGCUGAGAUCCUCUUGGCUGAAAUUGCUAGAAGAAAGGCACGGGUAAGAGAAGCUCCAAUUCCUGAGCACACUACAAAGCUUCAGCAGUCAGAAGCUAAAAUGAUAGAGCACAAAGCAAGCAUGGCUGUGUUAGGAAAGGAAGCAGCAGCUGCGCUUGCAGCUGUUGAAUCUCAGCAGCAACGAGUGACCCUUCAGCGGCUGGUUGGCGUGGUAGAAGCAGAAAAGUUAUUCCAUCUGAGAUUAGCUGCUAUCCUUGAUGACGUUGAAGCGGAGAUGUCCUCUGAGAAGCAAAGGAGAGAAUCUGCACCACCUAUUAUAUCUUCGCAUAAGCGUGCUGAGAAAGCCCAGUACUUCCUUGCUGAGGCAAUGCAUAAUUUCAAUGGAACCACAGAGAAGGAACUGAGCUUAAUUGUUGGUGAUUAUGUUGUCGUUCGUCAGAUUGCUCCCAACGGCUGGGCGGAAGGAGAAUGCCGAGGGAAGGCCGGUUGGUUUCCGGCCGCCUAUGUUGAGAGGCGCGAAAAUAUCCCCCCGAAUAAAGUUUUCCCGCAAGCAUAA